AAGAGCAUUUUGUCGGAAGUGACAUCACUCUAUUGUUCCGUUCUCGACUUGUUUCGGAAUUUCAAUGUCCAUCCGCCUGUCGGAAUACAUUUUUAGCUUUAAGAAUAUUUCAGACUGUCGCGAAAGACUUUUUUCCUGUCAGUCAUGAAUGAGAACGCAUUUUGUUGAGCGUAUGUCGUAACUUUCGCGACAACCGGCGUUCAAAUGUUGGAUAGCGGUUUUUCUCGCCUGUGAACAUGCUGUUUUGCCUCGAGGUUUGUUUAUCAACAAGUUCAGGGUAAUAUGGAUGAAAGUGGAGAGCCGAUUUUUCUACGGAAGCACGUUUACGACAAAGUGGAUGCUAAGAGAACGAGUCAUGUUGAAGACUAUUUGAGUGAAGAAGAGAGGGAGUUCCUAUGGCUCGUACAGACUGGAGAUAUAGGCAGUAUAAAAGAAUUUUUACAGACUGUUACCAUCAAUCCUGAUUGUUGCGACUACAGAGGCCAAAGGGCAUUGGAUAUUGCAGUAAUCAAUCGAGAUCUGGAUUUAGUAACCUUCCUUCUGGACAAUCUUCCUGUAACUACUACACAUUUUUACUGUGCUGUUCUUCGAGCUGUUUUCGAAAAUGAGGUGGAUAUCCUGGAAAUGCUUCUGGACCGGGCUGAAGAGGAUAACAGAAUUCACGCUCACUUAAAAGAACUCAUCAAUGGAGGUCCUGAAUGUUCUAAUUGCCUACCGGAAGUCGCAGCUACAAAUAUGACCCCGACUAUGGCUGCAGCUACGAUAGGGAACGUCGAAAUAACAAGAAUGCUUCUUGAAAGGGGUUAUUCCAUUCAGAAGCCCCAUAGCCCAAAAUGUCAAUGUCGUGAAUUUUGUGCCAAACGGUCUAUGAAUGGGGAAACUUUGACCGAAUCCAUUAGCCGUAUGAAUGCUUAUCGAGCUCUUGCUAGUCCCACAUAUUUGAUAUUAACUUCGGAAGAUCCUAUUCUUGCAGCUUUCGAGCUAAGUCAAGAAAUGAAAAAAUUGGCGAGAGAACUGCCAGAAAAUCAAAAAGAAUAUCAAGAGCUUUCUAAACAGUGUUCGAAAUUUGCAGCUGCCAUUUUAAACCAAUGCAGAAAUACCGAGGAGGUUCAAACGGUUCUUGUUCAAAGGGCGGGAUUCAAAGACCCAAGGCCACAUAGAUUCAGUAGACUACAUCUUGCAGUGCAGUGUGGUCAAAAAGAAUUUGUUACCCAUGCAAGCUGUCAGCAAGUUUUACGUUCCAUGUGGGUGGAAACUGUGGGUUCUUGGUACAGCUGGCCUUUCCGAUGGAGAGCUUUUCAUGUCAUAAAGCAUGCCUUUUUAACUCCAUUUGUUUCAAUCGCUUUCAUAUUCGUUCCUCGCGCAGAAAUCAUCGGGCCAUUGAAGGUCCCUUUAAAUAGAUUCAUAUAUUUCGCCACAUCGUACUUAUGCUUCUUAUCACUUCUCAUGGUAACAUUACUUAAUGACAGAAGGAACGAUGUGCAUUCACCAGUCUCAUGGACAGAAAUAACCGUUUGUUGUUUUAUUAUCGGUUACUCUUGGGAUAUAUUGUCAAAUCUGAUGUCUGUUGGGGUUUCAAAUUACUUUCGAUCAUGGUGGAGUGUAUUUGAUCUCUUGAUGUUUUCUAUGUUUCUGCUAACUGAAAUACUCUGGCUUAGUGUCUAUGCCAUCAAUCUAUUUUGGGAAUAUGAUAUUCAUAACUCAAACCGAAUGUGCUGGUACUGGCACCAUCCUAUUUUAAUCGGCGAAGGUAUUUAUGCUACGGCAUCAGUGAUGGCAUUCAGUCGAUUGUUAUUAUGGUUCCAGGUUAAUUCCAGACUAGGACCUCUUGGAACAUCCAUUAAGUACAUGAUGGUUAACGUCUUCCAAUUCUUCAUGCUGUUCUUCAUCAUCAUGCUGGCAUUUGCUACGGGAAUAAAUUCAAUUUACAAAAACUACAAGGAUUCAUCUCGAGUUGUAGAAGAUGAAGUUCUUGAACAACCCGAAGCAUUUCUCACUUUGAAGAAUACAUUCAAGAAUCUCUUCUGGGCCAUUUUUGGAAUGGGUGAACCAGAUUUUGCUCAGAUAGUAGUCGGAAAUAUGAGCAUGAACGGAAGUAAUAUCACGAAUGAGGAUCAUGAACACCUUUUCACCGAAGGAGUUGGAUACACUUUAUGGGGUUUCUACCACAUGGUAACUGUAGUUGUUCUGCUCAAUAUGCUCAUUGCCAUGAUGACAGAGAGCUAUCAACGAGUUCAGACGAAUGCCGAUAUGGAAUGGAAGUUUGCCUGUUCAACUCUCUGGCUCAGUAUUUUUGAUUAUCACAGUGUAGUGCCUCCUCCAUUCAAUUUAAUACCAUCUAUGCACAGAAUUACCAUAGGGAUUCGCUGGAUAAUUACCUUUUUUAAAGGAAAAGAAAAUAUUAGUGAUGUUCCAGGGAAGAUCUCAUGGUCAAUAAAACGUUGCUGCUAUUGGGAAACUGAAAUAGAUUAUUCUGCACGAAAGGCAGAAGAGGAAAAGUACGAGAAAUUAAUAGUGCAGUUGAUACGUCGGUACCUACAUUGCAAAGAAAUAACUUCGCGAUGUACAGAACUUCCGAACAUCUCUAACGAUUUCAAAGACAAGUUAAAAGAAGAAAUAACUCAAGAGCUUGGAAGAUCUCUGAAACUGUACACCAGAAGGUACACAAGAAGGAAUCGCACUGUUAGAAAUCGUAAAAAUAAUGAAGUGCGAGGAAAUGAUGUCGAACCAAAUUAUCAAAAUAUCCCACCGAAUAAUUGCAAUUGUUAAAUGAUAUAUACAUUUUUUUGUACAGUAAAUGUUACUUAUUUUUC